AUGUUGUCUAAAACAGUAAGAUCAUGCUUAAAGUCAAGCUCGAGAUCAAUUGUUAGAGCUUCAGAAGGUUCAUCAAUUUUUUAUCGACAAUAUGCAACAGAAGGUCCUUCAAUUCCAUCUCAACCUAAAGAAAUUUAUACAAAAUUAUCAGAUUCAAAAGAUCCUCAAAGAAAUCCAUUUUUUCAAUAUAGUUGGGGUUCAUGGUUGAAAAAUGAUAAUUUAAAGAAACAACAACGUCAAACUAAAUUUUCAAUUGAAGGAUUAACUUCUUUUUUCAAUGAUUUAAAAGUAAAAGAAACUGAUACUUUGACACAACCAAAAGAAAAUAAAGGAAUAUACAUUUUAGAAAAUAAUUCGAAUAAGGAUUUAUUAGGAGAAACUAAUGAAAAAAUAUCUGUUAAAUCAAUUGCUUCCAUUCAUGAAGGUAAACAUCAUAGAAUUUAUAAAAUUAAUUUAAAUACUGGAAAAAAUUUAAUUUUAAGAAUUCCAUAUAAAUUAGAUUCAGAUGAAUCCAUAGCAUCAAAAAUUAAAAGUGAAGUAGCAACUAGUGAUUUUUUAAAUUUAAAAUUAAAUUUAAAAGUUCCUAAAAUUUUAGCAUAUUCACCUUCUAAAUCAAAUAUUAUUGAAUCACCAUUUAUAAUACAAGAAUCUAUUGAAGGAGAUUUAUUAAUGAAAAAAUGGCAUCCAUUAGAUCCAGAUUCUUCAGAAACUGAUAAAAAAUUAAAAGAAGUUAUAAAUCCAAUUGCAAAAUUUCAAGACAAUAUUUUAAAUAUUACUUUUAAUCAAUUUGGUUCAUUAUAUUUUUUUAAUGAUGUUGAACCAAUUUUACAAUCAAAAUUACCAUAUAAUGAUGAAACAGAUGAUCGCUUAAAAAAUAGAUGGAGAAUUGGUCCAAGUGUUGAAAAAAUUUUCACAAAAGAUAAGAAUAAAUUAUCACAAAAGAUUAUUAAUCAAUAUAAUGGUCCAUGGGAUGCUUCAAAUCCAAUAAGUUUAAUGGAAUCAGUUUCUGAAAUUGAAUUAGAAAAUGCUAAACAUAAAUUAUCAUUAUUAGAAUCUGAAUCAGGUGGUGAUGUAACAGAAUCAAAGGAAUUAUUACAAAAUCAAAUUAAAACUUUUGAACAUUUAAAAAAGAUAACUCCAUCAUUAAUUAAUUCAAAAUCUAAAUCUAUUAGAAAUGUUGAAGAUUUAUUUAAACCAAGAUUAUAUAUUCCAGAUUUAGAUCCAUUAAACGUAAUUGAAACACCUAAUAAAGAAUAUUAUUUCAUUGAUUUUGAAAAUUCAACAAUUAAACCAUUUAUAUUAAAUAAUUAUCCAAAUUUUAUUGCUUAUAAUGGUGCAAAAAUUUAUGAUUUAAAAGAAGAUAUUCCUGAAUUUGAACAUAUGGAUCCAAUGGAAAAACAACAAUAUGAAUUUAUGUAUUAUAAAACAAGAAAUGAAAGAAUUUGGGAAAUUGAAUUAAAUAAAAAUAAACAUAAUUUAAUUGCAAUUGCUUCACCUCAUUUAAAAAUUUUAAAAUCUCCUUAUUUACAAGCUUUAGAUUUGAAAAACCCCAAGGAUUAUUUAUAUGUUGAAGGUUCAAUAAUUCAAUUACAGGCAAUGUGGGAUACUUAUGUUGCUAAUGAAUUAGUUAACAACAAAAAUUCAAAUUCAAAUUUUCCAAUUCAAUAUGAUGAAAAUUAUUUAGAUAAACAUCAAUCUGAUUUAAGUGAUUAUCAAUUAGAAACUGUUUCAAGUCCUUUCAAUGCUACUGGUGGUUGGAUACCUCAAGAUAUGUUUGAUACUUUAAAGAAUCAAGGUAUAAUUGUUGAUGAAGGAAAUGGAAAUUAUAAAAUUGAAACUAAAAAAGUUUUAGAUAAUCCUCCUCCUUCUUCUGAAGAAGAGUCCAAAUAA